AUGUCUCCUACAUCAACCCCAGGGCCGUUCCCGCCGGAUAUCAGUCGUGCAUCUGAGCUUCUCGUUGUCAGAUGGCUGACUCUGUCCAUUGCGGUAUUGCUCGUGUCUCUGCGUUUCUAUAUUCGAGGCAUCAUUCGCAAGAACCUAGGCUGGGAUGACUUCACAAUUUUGCUAGCCAUUGCAUGUGCCAUUGCUCACAGCAUAUUCUCUUGCCUCCAGGUUCAGAGCGGGUUCGGUCGAAACAUCCACUAUCUCACUCCAGUCCAGAUACAACACUUCGGACUAUACACCGACAUAUGUAUCAUGCUUCUCAUUAUCGGCACAGGGUUGGUCAGGAUUUCAGUGUGUCUGUUCGUCCUCCGUCUCCUGCCUGCCACCAAGAUGGCCUAUCGGAGGUGGAAUUGGGGACUGUUGGCAUUCUGCGCCAUCGUCACACUUGCGGAUUUCCUUGCCCAAUGUUUUCAAUGCGUACCGCUUCCAGGAUUGUGGAACAAAAGCGUGAAAGCACGAUGCUUCGCGCCAGUUCAUAUGACCCAGAUCACCAAGUUUCAGGGCGGUUCGGCUGUCAUAACGGACAUCCUGUGCGUACUGUUGCCCAUGUUGGUCCUCCGAAAUCUACAGGUCAGUCAACGGGAAAAAAUAGCUAUCUUCGUUGUCAUAGGAUUUGGAUUCUUUACCGCCGUAACCGCCAUUGCUAGAACUUCACUCGUUGAUUUUACAAGCAAGAACCCUACUUGGGAUCUCAUUCCCGUUGCCAUUUGGUCUUGCCUCGAACAAAACAUCGGCGUAAGCGUCGCCUCCUUGCCAGCCCUUCCCCAACUCCUCAACAUCCGCAAACAGCCAUAUCCAUCCCGUUCGUCCGGAGCCCUCUGCAACCGCCACAACAACAACACCCGCCCCCCUCUCAAUUCCUUCGCCAAGAUCUCAGACAGCGAUCGUAUCCGCCUCCCCAACGAUGUUUCCUCCACUGAAACCAGCAGCCGCGAGGAAUUGUCAACUCUAACGCCAAAGAUGAGCGAUAUCGAAAGCUACCGCGACACAAGAGCGAGCCUGAUCAGUCUCAGCAUGGUCUCCCCGCCCCUCUGGACCGAACGCAAAAUCUCCUCGGCCGAAACGGUAGAGAUGAGCCGCAUGUCUCCAACCCCGACCUUCGUGGAACGCAAACCCUCAUCGACGGAAAGAUUAAGACUGAGCAUGGUGGCCCCGUCCUGGGGCCAUAAGAAAACAUCAUCCGCGGACAAGGCAUACAGCCCGAACAACAAAAGGCUGAGCAUGGUCUCCCCCUUAUCCCUGGAUCGGCCGCCCUCUCCCUUUUCCGCCGCAAGGGUGCAGCAGCUCGGGAAGUUCGAGGAGACCGGCUUGCGGCACUCACGAGUCGCGACGCCGGAGGAAAUGGUGUCGUUGGGGAAUCCGGCGGCAUGUGGGUACGCGUGCACGAUUGAGGGGGGCACGCCGAAGGGGACGCCGAAGACGUCUCCGAAGCAGUCACCGAAACUUGCGCCUAAGUGA